AUUGUAGUUUGAAGCUCCAUCGCUUAAGUUCGUCUUUGCUUCCAUGGCGAAGUCUUCUUCUUCCUUGUGCCACCAAAUAUCCCAGCAUCGUUGCUCAACAUCUUUUGGGGGCUCUUUCUUUUUCCUACCUUUAAGUUUAGCAAUCUCCACCCUUGUUCUUAUUUUUCUCUACAAUUUUUGUACAACAUCAAAAGUUUUCACCCAUAAUGAAAACAAUCUUUACCAAGAAUCUUCCCCCAUAUCUUCUUUAAUCCAACAAAUGAUCCCAUUCUCAUUUGAAAAUGCAGCCGAUGAACUGUUCUUUUCACCCAGAUCUCCUCCGUCAAAAGGGAACCAGUGGUCUACGGGAAAACUUUUUGGCUUAUAUGGAAACUAUGCAAAUAACACAGAGAUAUACCAUGAUAAAGAUUUGUUUGAAGAAGAUUACAAGGAAAUGAAUAGAAGCUUGAAGAUAUAUAUUUAUCCACACGACAAAGACGAUCCCUAUGCUAAUGUAUUAUUGCCGGCGGAUUACGAUCCCAAGGGCCAUUACGCUAGCGAACUAUACUUCAAAAAAGUAAUCUCCGGCAGCCAUUUCAUCACGGAGAACCCCAGCGAAGCAGACCUUUUCUUUAUGCCAUUCUCCAUCGUCGAAAUGAGGCAUGACCCGAGGAUCGGUCCUGAAGGGAUGGGGAAUUUCAUCAAACAGUACAUCUACAAUAUCACUCAAACGUAUCCUUACUGGAAUCGAACCGAUGGGGCUGAUCAUUUCUACGUUGCCUGUCAUUCCAUCGGGCGUUUCGCCAUGGAUGAAGUGUUUGAAGCUAAAUUCAACGUGAUUCAAGUCGUUUGUUCUUCGUCGUAUUUUGUUGCUGGAUAUGUUCCUCACAAGGAUGCUUCGAUGCCGCAAAUUUGGCCUCGACAGGGAAGCCCUCCCGACGUUGCUUCAUUAAAAAGAAAGCAGCUGGCGUUUUUUGCCGGCACAAUCAACUCACCCGCACGAGUAGCUCUUCUCCAAUUUUGGGGAAACGACACAGCCAUUUUCGCCCACUUCGGGCGGCUCGGAACACCUGAUGACGACCAACUGCUGGACGCAAAGUUCUGCCUCCAUGUCAAAGGCUUCGAAGUGAACACCGCUCGUGUAGCGGAUGCGAUAUAUUAUGGCUGUGUUCCGGUGAUUCUGGCAAAUCAUUACGACCUCCCAUUCGUGGACGUAUUAAAUUGGGAAAGCUUCUCGGUUGUGGUUCAUUACUUGGACAUCCCCGUUUUGAAGAACAUACUUCAAAGGAUUAGCUUAGAGGAGUAUUCAUUAUUACAAAGUAAUACAUUGAAGGUUCGUAGACAUUUCCAGUGGAAUGAUCCGCCGUUGGAUUUUGAUGCGUUUUACAUGACCAUGUAUGAGUUAUGGCUCCGCCGUAGUUCCAUCAAGGUCCGACUAAUUUCUUCCGUUUAA